AUGCGAGCCAUAGAGCAUCUCUGCUCUGCGCAUGUCAGUUCGCGGCUUGCGGCGAAUGCGCAAAGGAAGCCUGCAAGAGCAGAUGAGCUGCGGCCUUCCAGAAGCCAGAACAGCAGGCCUUCUCGAAGUGAGCCAAGGCGACCCGAACGAGGUCUAGCUGCAAGCCGUGCAGCCGCAAACUUCAGUCCUGCAGAGGAUGAUGGUGGCACUGGAGGUUCUCACGAUCGCCGCUGCUUUACGAUUCUUCGAAGCUGGAUAGAGAGCACAUGGACCAGGCAGCUAGACUGCAAGAACCCGCUGGGAAUUCUGGGAAUGGAAACUCGCUUCGAGCAGCUACUUCUGGAGCUGGGGCAGGAGCACCGCCGUGCCAUUCGAGAUUUGGCAGAGGAACAUGACAAGCUCCUCCAGCAGCUGACGGGUCAUCGACCCGGCUCUAAGGACAGGGCCCCUGGCCUUGAGAAAGCCGCAGAAGAGCUGGCUGGGCAUGAGCCAGAAGCCCUCCGGCAACUGGCAUUGCCUCUUCCACAGAGGCAUGACAUGGAGCAAAUCAAGCCUCCUCCGACGGUCGAUUUGCUUGCGCUACCGGGGGAGGAUCGCAGACCUUCGACUAGCUCCUCACGAGUGUCGCCUGCAUCGUCUCCGGCGAGCACACCGCGGCAGGAUCAUCGAGCUUUCGGUAGCCUUCCUGCCAUUCCAGACUCUCUCGGAGAGGAUGAUCACAAUCACAAUGGAGCUGCAAGUGCAGCGGAUGUGGUAUCCAAGCAGCCAAGUCGACAUGUCAAGAUUGGUGACACGGAGGAAAUCGAAGAACAUGGGAGCAAGUACCGUUUGGCAAGCCCGCAAACUGGCCGUCCACGAACCAGAUCAACGGACUCCGGGCACUCUGCUGUCAAAGUCACGCCCACGGGUAGACGAGUAUCGACAGUGGAAGCUGGCAACGUCAUGAGCAUAUCAAUGCAGCUGACCGAGCGUCUUCAGAAGGUCUUCGCUGUGCAGGAGCCACAGUCGAAGGUCAUUACCGGUGCAGAGCUAGCUGCGGUGAUGCAGCGGAAUCGACGAUUUGCGCCGCGCAAAGAUAAAUCAGAAUUCACCAAGGAGAGAAUGGAAGACAUCAUUCGCGAGAUGAGGGUCAUCGCUGCCAGGCUUCGUGGAGACUCGCCGAAGAGAGGCGUAAGCCAGCAGCAUGUCAUUUCGUGGCUCUCCUUCGUGGAGCUCAUAGCCAUUCCCGACCUCCCCACGCAGGCAAGAGCUGAGAUGGUUCAGGACCUGUUUAAUGUUCAUUCUACGCUUCGUGAUGACCGCGUCGUCCACUUCAGUGGCUACGAGGUGUUUCGAAUGCGAAUGAUGAGAUCAAGUUUUCCGCUAACGAAGACGAAGACGCUGCAACAAAGAAUUGUUACGACCGUGAACGGCGUUGCAAUGACCUCCAUCCUCUUGAGCUUGGUCAUACUAGGAUUCAGCAUGGAUUACGAUCCUGACUGGAUGGGCUGGACGAUGCUGGAGGCUUUCUUCGCCUUUGUCUUUGUGGUCGAGGUGGUGGUAAAACUGGCGGUGCUGAGCCCGUGGGUCUACUUCACAGGCACGGACUAUGCCUGGAACAUAGGUGACCUAAUAUUGACGCUCGUCGCCGUUGUAGACGUGGUCAUCAGCACGACGGCUUCUUCUGCAAGUUCGGCACGCAUGAGUAUGAUCCUUCGCGGCUUGCGAUUAUCGCGAGUGGCCAGGCUGAUAAAGUUGAUGCACUGGCCGUUGUUGGCGGAGCUAGCCAACAUGAUUUCUGCCAUGGUGAUCGGCGUUCCAUGGCUGUUUUGGGUAACGAUCCUUCUUUGUGGAGUUCUGUAUGUCUGUGCAAUCGUUCUCCGAAGCACCGUCACUGGCGAGUCAAUGAGUCUGUUCGGCAGGUGUGGUAGCGGUGACAACUACGACUUUCCUUUGCCUGGCGAGCCCUCCACUGACGGAUGCACAAUGGCAUAUCUCUACUUGGGGGAGUAUUGCGGGACGGUCUUCACGUGCAUGUUCACGGUCUUCAGAUGCCUGAUCGGCGACUGCAACUCGAAAGGCGGCAGGCCACUUGCUGCAGUACUGAGCGACCACUAUGGAUGGACAUUUCAAGGGUUCUAUGGUCUGAGCAUGGUGACGAUGAUUUUCGGAAUGACGAACAUCAUUACUGCGAUGUUUGUGGAUGCUACGCUUUCUGGGCUCAAAUACAAUGACGUGCAGCGCAAACAUGCCAAGCUGCAUGAGACCAACUAUGUCACUCGCAAGCUCAAUGAACUUGUUGUGCGAGUGUCCAAGACUGUGAGGGAGAUGAGACAAGCUGAUGCGUUCGAAGAUUCGCAAACGAACUGGCGAAAGUCCUUCAAGUCCUUUCUUCGGAAAGGAUCGGCAAAGAUCAGCGACUCGGAUUUGGAUCGGGAGCUCACCCUCUCGGAGACGGAGUUUACACAAGUCCUGCAAAAUUCCAAGAUCCGCAACAUUCUUGACGACUUGGACAUUGAGCUCGAAGCACGGCCAGGGAUUUUCGAAGCCUUCGGGGCAGAUGCGGAUGGGCACCUGGGUGUCUCCGAGCUUGUGUCUGGACUCAUGAGGUUGCGGGGCGAUCUGCAAAAAUCCGAUAUUGUGUCCGCACAAAUGUCCCUGCAGACCAUCGGUGAGAAGUUGAACGUGUUUCAGGCGACGAACCUGCACAACCAGUCGAGGCUUCUCAACAUCCUAGACAAGCUGUCAAAGCAGGCUUCAGGAAUCCUGGCCGAAAGCCAUUACUGA